UUUAUGUUAUGGCCCGCUGUCGAAAAUACAUUUUCAUGAAAGAGUUGAAUUUAUUGCAGAUUUCGCGUGAAAAUCUUCGUAUUUUUGUGAAAAUAUGGUAUUAGUUGCCGUAUUAAAUUAAUAUAACGAUGGCUUUUGAGUGCAAUAUUGUGAAAGAAGAGCCGAAUUUAAAGGAGGACGGUGAUAAUGAGAAUAAAUCCGCAAGUAUUGACGCAGAACAAAAUUUUGAAAUUAAACUUUCGCUACCUGCUGGUGUACUUAUUCCCACAAAAUUGACAGAGUCCAUUGAAGCUUUGAGUUCUAAGUUAGCUUCUAUUCAGGAUAACCAAGCAAUACUGAAUUCUAAUCAGGUAUUAAUUUUGGAGAAAUUAACAAAUUUAUCUACUCAAUUUGAUGAAUUAAUGCAAAGGAUAUCUGUAGGAGCAUUAACAGGAAAAUCUGAACGGGAUAUUGAUAAUAGAUUUAAACCGAUCACAAAUAAGAAAUGUCUUGAUGAUUUCGAAGAAUCUCUUAAGAGUAAGCAUAAAACACAAGAAUUUAAAAAAAUAUUAUCAAUUGUUUGUGGCAAAGGAAAAGGCAGAGCGAUUAAUAAUGCAUAUGCGUUACUAGAUGCUAUGUUUGGCCGGGAAUUUUUGACCACUUGUUCGUGGGCUGGCGGAACACGUGCUGAAGGCUCGAAAAUAUGUUUUAAAAGUUACCAAAAUACAAUUGACCUCUUCUUUACAAUAGUACACAUGUCUGAUGAAAACUUUACAAUGCAAGAGUGUUAUUCAUUUCUUAAGAGUAUUCUUAGGAACGCAAAAAGAAGGAGUACUUCCAAAAAUUUAAGAAUUUCUCGUCAAAGGAGAAGACUAAAAAGCAAAAAAACAGAAGAUAAUGGGCUUAACAAUUUAAUUCAGACACCAAGACUUGACAAUGUAGAUGAAACUACCCAAGCAGAUACUGUUGAUUAUAACGUCAAUGAAGAAGAAAUGAAUACAGAUGAAGACGAGGAGUUGGAUUUAUGUUAGAUUUGAUUUCAUGACCCUUCAAUAGUUAGUUAAUAACUGCCUCGUUGGUCUAGCUGUCGCAAGCACGACUGUUGAACAUGAGGUACACCCGUGCAUCGGAGAGCACGUGAAUGUCGAUCCGGCGCCUGGUCUCUCUCCGGUGGUCUCGGAUUGCUGUCCCAUGAGAGUGAAGAAAUAGUGAGUGAACUUGUGUCUGCGCAAAUGCUUGUGCACUAUAAUAUGCCAUGCGCAGUUGGCUAAUCUCCUUACAUGAGAACAGCCGCCGUAGUCGAUAAUCGGCAGAAUCGGUUAGGAUAUCAAUAAUUAGGAAACGUCUUAAAAGGAAAGUGUUAUUGCCUAAUAUCUGUCUUAAUUUUGUUUUUAAGAUUUAAUAAUAUUUAGUUGUUGUUGAUUUUCACAUAAUUGAUUUUAAUCUAAUUUUAAUAAUAAGUACAAGUUUAUAUUUUGAUUAUCUUUCUUAACAAACAUCUUAUAUGUUUAAGAUACCUUGAGGGACAAUUUAUAAUGACUCAGUUCUUGGCAUCGCCAGUUGUUAAGCAAAGAGGUAUAUUUUGACAACAAAAAAUAUUUUGUUCUUUAUAUAAUAGUUUUAUUAAUAUAUUUUCAGAAUUUGUA